AUGUCUCUGUUCGGCUCCUCGCCGACGGAACCGGCGCCGCUCGAGGCCAAGUCGCUCUUUGGCGACGAGCCCGCCGCUGCUACAUCGGCCUCCUCUCUCUUUGCCGAUGAUGAGGGCGAAUCACCAUGGUCGAUGCCAGCGCCCAAGAGAGUCGCCCGGCAAAACUUGGUCAAGAAUCUCCUCCCAGCCACCGAUGUCCCGGAGUACUAUGUCGAUGCCUACGAUCUCGUCCUCCACGCGAACGAACGAACCGGAGUGGGUAUUAGCUUGGGCGCAGUGGUGAAGGUCCUAGAAGGCAGCAACCUAGAGAAGCAAGAGCAGCAUAAGAUACUCGACUUCGUGAUACCCGGAGGCCGGGAAAGUGCAAAUGGAGUGGGCAGGAGCGAGUUCAAUGUCCUUCUCGCUCUCAUUGGGCUGGGACAAGAGGGCGAGGAUAUCACCCUUGACGGUGUUGAUGAAAGAAGGCGGAAUUUGCCCAUACCGAAAGUGAGCUCUAUCGAUCACUUGCGCUCCAUGGCUCCGACUCAGACUAGCUCUCCCCAAGCCGCCAAAGCUACGCCCGUGAAACCACAGAAGAGUCGGCAGGAUUCAUUUGGAGGCGAUCUGACAUCGGAUCCUUGGGCCAGUCCGUCGAAUAGCCGGGUGCCGCCUCCCUCGACGGCCGCCCACACAAUGCCAGCCAACGGUAGUGCGAACAGCAUUGUUGAAGGCGUCCCGGACGGCGUGACGAGGACGACGAGUACUUUCACUACAAGAGGCGAUCCAUCGAGCGGUAGCACAGGCUCGCCUCAUGAGAACUCUUCAACCAGUGCUGGCGUUGGUUGGAACAGCUACAAUGGCAGCUCGGCCGGCUUCGCAUCGCAGCCAACACUUGGAGGUGGAUUUGGUGAUCCAGGAGAUGACCAACCCGACCCUCCGAGGCACAGCGCGCAUGGUUCUGUCUCUCAAAGCAUCACCAUACCGCCCGGGACCGGUGAGAGUGUCACAGUGACCAUGCUGCCCGAAAAGGAAGGCGUAUUCCUCUUUCAACAUCACAAUUACGAGGUCAAAUCUAAUAGAAGAGGGAGUGCCGUCGUCAGGCGAUAUAGCGACUUUGUUUGGCUGCUCGACUGCUUACAGAAGAGAUACCCUUUCCGGCGGCUGCCUUUGUUGCCUCCGAAACGAGUACAAGCCGAUGCAGCGGUCUUCCUUGAAAAGAGAAGACGUGGCUUGGUCCGAUUUGCCAAUGCAGUCGUGCAGCAUCCAGUCUUGAGCCAGGAGACUCUGGUGGUCAUGUUCCUGACCGUCCCAACCGAACUUGCCGUGUGGCGGAAACAAGCCACGAUAUCCGUACAGGAAGAGUUCACUGGCAAAUCCCUGCCUCCUACUUUAGAGGACAGCUUGCCGCCUUCCCUUCCCGACCUGUUCGAGCAAGUUCGCGGCGGAGUAAAGCGAUCGGCGGAGAUCUACAUCAACCUAUGCGUCUUGCUGGAACGGCUGGUGAAACGCAACGAAGGACUCGCCGCAGACAAUGCCAAAUUCAGCUUCGCAUUGUCUCAUCUGACGGAAUUUACGAAUAAUACUUAUGCCAUUGACACGAAUGACGUCCCUCUCUUGAAUGAGGGCAUCACCUCAACCGCGAAACAUCUGGCUACCGAGCAGACGUUGCUAGAUGACGAGGCCAGAUCGUGGGAUUCUGGGGUGCUGGAAGACUUCAAAGCCAUCCGCGACCAUUAUGUUUCCAUGCGUGACAUGUUCGACCGGAGGGACCGGUACGCUCGCGACAACAUUCCUCAACUGGAGAGACGCAUCGAGGCAUCAGAACACAAGCUUCAACAGUUGCGCCAAAAGCCGCCCGGCCAGGUGAAGCCAGGUGAAAUCGAGAAGGUGGAAAACAGCAUCAUCUCGGACAAAGAGAGCAUUGUCCAGCAACAUGCCCGCGGCGUGCUCAUCAAGGAGUGCGUGAGGGAUGAGAUAGUGACUUUCCAAUCCACGAUAUAUGCGAUCAGCCGGUUACAUCAAGACUGGAGUCAAGAGCGAGUCAAGUACGCUGAACUCCAGGCGAGCAACUGGAGGCGUUUGGUGGAUCAGGUUGAGAGCAUGCCGGUGGGAGAAUAA